CUUCACACUAAAAUGAAAUAAGAAAUGUGUGCACGGAUAUGAAUACUGAAACCAAAUCCAUUGAGGAGCAUUUUACAAUGAUUUUGGUUCACAUGCAAUUUAUGCAAUACAAUUAAUUGAUUUGAUAUUUGUUUCGCACAUUGCUUCAAAUCGAAGAACAUGUGCAGUUUUUGUUUAAAAAAAUUUGCAGUGACACACGUUUAAAUUUCAAAUGAAAUGAAAUACUAGAUUGUUCAAACAUGAAAAUUAUUAAACAGAUUUCAUAAGACCCUUCGUUCAUGUUUCACAUCAUUUGAAUUAUUCAAGUGUCAAAUUCACUUCUUUUACAGUGCAAAAUAUCCAGUACAUAUAGGUUUCUCCUUAAAAUUUAAAAAAAAUCACAGUACACAGUAGCGAAGUAAAUUUGUGCAUAAAAAAUUGUUUUUCUGAGGGGGAAUUUAAUUAAGAAUUCAAACUGCAAAAUGACCAACUUACAGUUAACCCUAUCGAUCUUGAAGCCAUUCAUAACGAGAAAUCCUUAUGCCAGAAAAACGAUUCGAGAGUUUAUAAAAGAAAAUAAUUUUAAAAUUGUACAAAGUACCACAACUAAAUUGACAAAAUCGUUGGCUGCAAAAUUCUAUGAAGAGCAUCAAGGAAAAUUUUUCUACAACCGGCUGCAAACAUUUAUGUGCAGUGGACCAAUCGAUGUGUAUAUUCUUGCUGGUGACGAUGUUAUAACUAGAUGGCGAAAACUACUUGGGCCAACGAGAGUUUAUAAAGCAGUCUAUUCUCAUCCAGACAGUAUUCGUAGUCUGUUUGGCCUGUCUGAUACACGGAAUGUUUGCCAUGGUUCGGAUUCAGAGGAAUCGGCUAAACGAGAAAUUGGCAUCUUUUUUUCUGAUUUCAAUGUAGAUCGCUGGUUGGAAGAGAAUAAAAAAUUAUAAAGAGAUGACACACCAUCACAAUAGCUGGACUAUUGUAUACGCGCUUAUGUUCAAUAGAAUAGUAAAUAAUAAACCAAACAAUGAUUUUGAUGUUGAAA